AUGUUCGCUCGACUCACGCAGCUCACUAGGCACCUCUACCGACCGCCGUUCACCCGCCCAUCCGCGCCGCACGUCUCCUCCGCUACCCCCUUUUCCGCGUCGCGUGGGCUCGCUUCGAAAAUGACAUCAUCUGUCCCCGGUCAGAACAAGAUGAUCCAGACGGCGGCAGCCUUGAUCAUUGGUGAUGAGGUGCUUGGUGGGAAGACGGUUGACACAAACUCCGCUUUCUUCGCCAAGUUCUGCUUCUCCCUCGGAAUUCAGCUUAAGCGCAUAGAGGUCAUUGCCGACGAUGAAGACGAGAUUAUCGAGGCCGUGCGCCGCAUGAGCAACAACUACGACUUUGUCGUGACGAGCGGAGGAAUCGGCCCAACUCACGACGAUAUAACCUACACCUCCAUCGCAAAAGCCUUCAACCUCCCGCUAAAGCUCCACGAACCCGCCUUCGAGCGCAUGAAGCGCCUCUCAAAACCCCACCCCAACCAACCCCCACUCGACUGGGACAAGCCCUCCCCAACACUAACCGCCAAACUGCGCAUGGUCGAGAUACCACACGACGAGAACCUCCCGCUGGAAUCCCAAGCCAUCUUCGUCGCAGAGGACAUGUGGGUGCCCAUCGCCGUCGUCAACGGGAACGUGCACAUCCUCCCCGGUGUCCCGCGGCUCUUCGAGCGGCUUCUCGAAAACUUGCGUCCGCUCUUACUGCCGAGACUGGUCAACCCCGAGGGAAAGGGCAUUUAUCGGUACUUGUUUAGCACGCCGCUGCCGGAGAGUGCGGUUGCGCCGUAUUUGACGGAGUUGGCAGGGAGGACGGAGAGUCGGGGAGUUAAGGUUGGGAGUUAUCCAAGGUGGCAGAAGAAGCGGAAUACGGUUACGCUUGUUGGGACAGAUAAGGAGUUUUUGGAUUCGUUGGUCGAGGAGGUGGAGAAGAAUGUGCAGGGGAAGAGGGUUUCGCAGGAGGACGAGCUGGAUACGGCGUCGGAUAACGAGGAGUUUAGCCAGUAA